CCUAUUACCCUACGCCUUCAAAAUGUAGACAAAAACUACAUGUUCAGAAGUUAAGAGAAAGCUAUCCGCCAACAAUCCAAAUAUGUCGCCGUUCAUCCACCUAAAUCCUUCGGCGAAGGAGUGGGUAUAUGACCCCGCCGGUGCGCAGGGCGGAAGCCAGGAGGGAACAGUCCUCGCAUUCCAUAAGACUUUGCCGGACUACAAUGAGACGCGACUACAUUCUCUGCCAGACAUAGCAGCGGAGCUAGGACUCGGUGAUGUGUUAUUAAAGGACGAAUCCAACCGGUUCGGUCUACCGGCAUUCAAGAUCCUGGGCGCAUCUUGGGCCGUAUACCGUGCCGUUGGAUCGUAUCUAGGGCUAUCGGUAUCAGACGGAAAUGCGCCCCUCGCAGAUGUAGGCGCUAAGGCCCGCGAGGCAGGGGUCCGGGUCGUCACGCUCACGGAAGGGAACUGCGGCCGGGCUGUAUCGCGGAUGGCCGCGAAGAUUAUGGGGAUUCCUACGAAAGUUUUCGUGCCCAAGUACAUGGAUGAACGGACCCGGAAUAAUAUCAGGAGCGAGGGAGCUGAAAUUAUUAAAGUGGAUGGGAGUUACGAUGAUGUGAUACCCGUGGCGCAAAAGGAGGCCGAAGCUAGCGAUAAAGCGAUUUUAAUUCUGGAUGUUAGUGUAGAAGGAUUCGACGUUGUCCCGGAGUAUUUCGUCCAGGGAUAUAGCACGAUGCUGGCGGAGUCCGAUCGUCAGGUUCUAGAGUUGACAGGCGGGAAGCCGGCCACGCAUACGAUCGUCCCUGUCGGCGCCGGAUCUAUAGGAGAGGCCGUCACAGCACACUUCAAAAGCGCCUCUUGGCGCAAAGAAUUUGGUCCGGCAAAGGUUCUCUCUGUAGAACCUACAACCGCAGCGUGUCUUCUGGAGUCGCUAAAAGUGAGUAAAAGCGUUGCGGUGCCGACAGAAGAUACUAUUAUGUGCGGGAUGAACUGCGGUACACUGUCUACCACUGCGUGGCCUGUACUGAGAGAUGGCGUAGAUGCGAGCAUCGUGGUGACGGACAUGGAGGCGCAUAACGCGGUGCAGGAACUCGAAGCUCGGAGUAUAUUUGCCGGACCUUGUGGUGCUGCUACUCUGGCUGCACUCAGAAAAGCAUGUACGGAUGCGAAGCUGGAGCUGGAGCUUAGUGACACUUCGAUCGUGGUGUUAUAUUGCACCGAGGGACCGAGGGAGUAUCCAGUACCGUCAUCAUGAGAAAGGGGGGGUGGGGGUGAGUUGUUUUUAUUUUCAUUUGUUUUGAUCUGAUACAUGCCAGGCAUGUUCGAGCUUCCAUCUGGUGGCUCGUGACUUUUGUACAUAUAUGUACACACAUAGUUGGGAGUUAACUUUCGGAAUACUACAUAACCGAUGUCCCUAAAUACGAGCAGUCUUAACUUGACUUAUUGCUUCAAGACAGAC